CGUAUUAUGACUUGUUACCAAGGCAGCCAGGAAGAAGCUGUGAAGGGAGCGGACCGCUGCCACCAUGGGCACCGCAUCCUCUUUGGUCAGUCCAGGAGAGGUAAUUGAGGAUGGAUAUGGGGGCGAAGGAGGGGAAGCCUGUGAGAUACCAGUGGAGGUCAAGCCCAAAGCCCGACUCCUGCGCAGUUCCUUUCGCAGAGGACCUCGGGUGAUUGGGGCUAGUUUCAAAUCCACAGGUUCUGUGGAUCUAGAGUAUGCUGCCGAGUAUGAACGACUCCGUAAAGAGUAUGAAAUCUUCCGUGUCAGCAAGAAUAACGAGAUCUCGUCCAUGCAAAAGAAGGAGGCCAAGGUGGAUGAGGAGAACAAGAGGCUGAGAGCUGAGCUACAGGCUCUGCAGAAGACCUACCAGAAGAUCCUCAGAGAAAAAGAGAGUGCUCUUGAGGCAAAGUAUCAAGCUAUGGAGAGAGCUGCCACCUUUGAACAUGACAGGGACAAAGUAAAACGACAGUUCAAGAUUUUCCGGGAGACAAAAGAAAAGGAAAUUCAGGAUCUCCUGCGGGCCAAGAGGGACUUGGAGGCCAAACUGCAGCAGUUGCAGGCUCAGGGCAUCCAGGUCUAUGACCCAAAUGAUUCUGACUCAGAUGACAACCAAACCACUGUUACUGCUGUAGGGACACAGUGUGAGUACUGGUCUGGUGGUGUGCUGGGAAGUGAGCCCUCCAUGGGGAGCAUGAUGCAGUUGCAACAGACCUUUCGAGGACCGGAAUUUGCCAACAGUUUGAUAGAUGUGGAGGGACCCUUUGCAAAUGUGAGCAGAGAUGACUGGGAUGCUGCAGUGGCCAGUCUGCUUCAGGUCUCACCUCACGUUCCCCAGGCCUUGUGGAGCAACACAGUGCGCUGCUACCUAAUCUUUACCCAGGAGACCAACGCUGAGCUUGAUGUCUUUAUUAAGAAACAUUCACCUGUGUUACGCAGAAUGUGCGAAGGUCUCGGCCAUUUCUACCUGAAUGUCUGCUUCCCAGAGGAGAAUGCUGCCUCAUACGCUGUGGAGCGCAAGCAGGAGAUUGAAAGGAGCUCCGUGUGUGUGCUUCUUGUCAAAUCUACUGUCACUAGCUCUGUGGUGGAGGAUUGUGACGAGGCGUUUGUGAAGAAUCCGGAUGGCCAUCCACUGGUGCUCUACCUCAGGACUGAAGAAGAUCACAAUUUGACUGGACCCACAAGGCAACUGCUAGAAAGGAUCAAUGCUGCAGACAAGGCUGCUAAAGUCAAGGUGGUGGAUCAUAGUGGUUCUGCAGAGGAGGGAGCUCACCUCAUUUAUUUGCAACUGGAGAAAGUCAUCAAACAGGAGUUGCUGGGACUUGAAGGAGCAGAUGUUGAUUCUACGGACUCUGGGAUGGAGGAGGGACGUGAGGAGGACUCAGGAGAUGUGCUGUGGGACCUGCAUGAUGAGCAGGAACAGAUUGAGUCCUACCAGCAGGCCUGUAGCAGCAGCACCACCUCUCAGUUAGGCUUCCAGAAGUACAUAGAUCGUUUAAAUGACAUGAUAGCUGCUCCACCUCCCACCCCACCUCUGCUGGUGUCUGGUGGUCCAGGCUCAGGGAAGUCUCUCCUGCUCUCCAAAUGGAUCGAGCAGCAGCAGAAGCAGUCCCCCAACACCUUGUUCCUCUAUCAUUUUGUUGGCCGCCCGCUUUCCACAAGCUCGGAGCCGGUUCUCAUUAUCAAACGCCUCACAGUCAAACUGCUGCAGCACUUCUGGUCCAUUUCCGGCUUGUCGAUGGAGCCCAGUAAGAUCUUAGAGGAGUUUCCCCGCUGGCUUGAAAGACUAUCAGCACGCCAUCAAGGGAACAUUAUCAUCAUCAUCGACUCCAUUGACCAAAUACAGCAAGCAGAAAGACACAUGAAGUGGCUAAUUGACCCUCUGCCUGUCAACGUCCGGGUGGUGGUAUCUGUCAAAGUUGAGACUUGUCCUCAAGCUUGGAGGUUAUGGCCCACACUCCACUUAGACCCACUGAGUCCCAGGGAGGUCAGGAGCAUUGUCAAUGCAGAGUGCCAGAGCCUGGAUCUCAAACUGACCAAGGACCAGGAGAAGAAGCUAGAAAGGCAUUGUCGCUCUGCAUCAACCUGCAAUGCAUUGUAUGUCACACUACUGGCAAGAAUGAUCAUCAGCAGUAUAUCAGGUUGGUCACUGGAGAAGGGCCUGGAGCAGUGUCUACAGUGUCAGGACACCAUGUCACUCUACCGUCUGGCACUCAAGAUCACCCUGAACUCCCUCAACACAGACAGAGAGCGACACAUUAUGACCGAGAUUCUGUGCCUUGUGUGUGCCAGCCAUAAUGGAGUGAGUGAAUCAGAGGUGCUAGACCUUUUCCCAGAACUGGAGUUGCCUAUCCUGUCCACUCUGCUUUACCGUCUGAACAGACUCUGCAUUGUAACCCUCCGUUGUGGGCUCAUCAGGUUCCAACACCUGCAGGCUUGGGAAGCUGUAAGGUUGGAGUUCCUGAGUGGAGGAAGUAGCUCAGCUGCUUACAGAGAGAAACUCAUACAGUACUUCAGUCAACAACUCAGCCAGGACCGGGUUACGUGGCGUGUCGCAGAUGAGCUGCCCUGGCUGUUCCAGCAACAGGAGGAUAGGACGAAAUUACAGCUUAGCCUCCUGAACCUGUUUGUUUCCCAAAACCUCUACAAGAGGGGUCAUUUCUCUGAGCUGCUAGCCUAUUGGCAAUAUGUGGGCAAAGACAAAAGCUCCAUGGCCACUGAGUACUUUGACUCCCUGAAACACUAUGAGAAGAACUGUGAGAGCGAAGACAGCAUGACCAAGCUGGCAAACCUGUAUGAGACCUUGGGACGGUUCCUCAAAGACCUGGGCCUCCCUAGCCAGGCAGUAGCACCUUUACAAAGGUCCCUUGAGAUUAGGGAGACAGCCUUGGACCCGGACCAUCCCAGUGUAGCUUGCUCCCUGCACCAGCUGGCUGGGGUUUAUGUUCAGUGGAAGAAGUACGGCAACGCUGAGCAGCUGUACAAGCAGGCCCUGGAGAUAAGUGAGAAUGCCUACGGAGCCGAGCAUGCCAGCGUAGCACGAGAGCUGGAGUCCCUUGCCAUGCUCUAUCAGAAACAAAACAAGUACGAACAAGCAGAGAAACUCAGGAAAAGGUCAGUGAAGAUCCGUCAGAAGACUGCUCGCCAGAAAGGUCAUAUGUACGGCUUCACUUUGUUGAGACGCAGAGCCCUACAGCUGGAAGAGCUGACGCUGGGAAAAGAAACUGCAGACUCUGCCAAGACACUCAAUGAACUAGGUGUCCUGUACUACCUCCAAAACAACAUGGAUGCAGCCAAGUUAUUCUUGACCCGCUCUCUGGAGAUGCGUCAGCGCGUCCUCGGUCCGGAUCACCCAGACUGUGCGCAGUCCCUCAACAACCUGGCUGCACUGCACACAGAGAGGAGGGAGUAUGAGACGGCUGAGGACAUGUAUGAGAGGGCGCUGGACAUCCGCAAGACGGCCUUGUCCCCAGACCACCCCUCACUGGCAUACACACUCAAACACCUGGCCAUGCUCUAUAAACGCAGAGGGAAGCUGGAAAAGGCUAUGCCGCUGUAUGAGCUGUCUCUCGAAAUCAGGGAAAAAAGUUUUGGGCUCAAACACCCCAGUGUGGCCACGGCGCUGGUCAACCUGGCUGUGAUCUACUGCCAACUAAAGAAGCACAGUGAAGCCUUGCCUCUUUAUGAACGAGCACUGAAAGUGUAUGAGGAUAGUUUGGGGCGCUCACACCCACGGGUCGGAGAGACCCUAAAAAACCUGGCUGUGCUGAGCUAUGAAGAGGGCGACUUCGAGAAGGCAGCAGAGCUUUACAAACGUGCGAUGGAGAUAAAGGAGGCGGAGCCGUCGUCGGUGUGUGGUAACGCUCCGUCCCGCCACUCCUCCAGUGGGGACACAUUCAGUCUGAGGGGACCGGCUCCCAUCCCACAUGUCCAGAGGUGACUCUGUUCAGACACUUAUUGCCACAGGGGAACCGUUCUGGUCAUCACACUGCGAUUACUGUCUAGAUGGAGGUUUUAGGGUUUGGUCAAAUAGACUGUACCUGCCAGUAUAAUAAUGAGAUCUGUUUAAUGAAUCUGUGAAACCUGUGUAUUUACCACAAGUAUUUUUUUAUAUUUCCUACAUAAUCAUGUGUGUAAAGAUCUUCAGUUAUAUAUCACUACUUCUUAUGGAACUCAAGUUUACAUUUAUCACUGAUUCAGACACUUUGUUCCUAUUUACGUGACUAUACUGUGCAUAUCAGCAAAUUAGCUGCACAGACUAAUUUGCUGGCAUGGAACGCUAUGAGGGUUUGGCAUAUCAUAACCCAUAAAACAUAAUUAAUAACCAGACACAUUCUGUGAUUUCACUGUACAGCAGAUAAUACCCUAUGUACUUUUUCAAAAAUUGUCAAAUAUUUACAACAAUACAACUUAUUUUUGCCAUUAUGCCUUACCAAAACUGUUAAGACCUCACACAUAUUUGUUGCAAAUUCCUGAUGUUCUGACUGAAAUAUUUUAGAGCGCUAAUGUCGCUAAAAUGAAAUGUGCGUAUUGUGAAAAAUGUGUAUAUUUAUGUUUAGAUACCAUUUAUGUUUACAUUACAUGUUUACCUACUAGUAUAGAGUACAUGAUCCAAAAAGAGAAAAUGUAGAACCAAAGAUAAGGGUCCAAAAACAAGCCGAGACCACGUCUUACCUCUGGUUAAGAUUUCAUGCUGUUUAUGCAGAGCUAGAUAUCUGUGUAUUUAUUCAUUAACAAAAAGGAUUGUAAAGGAUUGGCCAAAACCAAGAUAGUGCCAUAAGUUAAAGUACAAUGGAGUACUUUAACUCCAUUGUUGUUUGACUUUGAUUUGUAUGUGAAUCCCAAAGGGAUACAUUAACACAUUAUUAUAACUUAAGUUUUUAAAUAUAUUUGUGUAUUAAUAUAAUGUUAUUAUAUGUAAAAGCUGUACAGGACAACAAAAAUCACAUCCAAUAUAUCGAGAAGAUUGUAUUCCAUCUAAUAAAUACUUAAUUGAGACAACUUAAACAUGUUUAAAUGUUUUAAUCUGUUACAGCAGAUGUUUGUUUUAAAGCUGAGUGAAUGACACAAAGGUAGGCAGAAAACGUAUUCACUAAUCAAAACUGUAGAAAAUACACAUUGUGACAAUGUUAUCUUUGUAUACAUUUCAUUAGAGACCGUACCAACUCCAAGUGCUAAACACCUUCCUAGUAUGUCAGCAAAUUAUAAAUUUGACUGGACUGGACUUUACAAAUGGUGUUGUGUGAAAUGUCAUCAGAAGCACUUUUCAUGCAUUUCCAUUCUUUAGCUGAACUCUGUAAUUGUUUAUUAAUUGGCUUUUUUACGAGGAUGCUUGUUAUCAAAUAAACCAAUGGAAUAGACGCACGAGAAACUGCAUGUCUUCUCUGAAUAGCAUCUUCAGAUUGUUGCCUACAGCUUUUUCAUCCGAGCCAUCAGGUCUUCUAGGCUCUGUUCAGUCUCCCCCACUGUCUCCCCACGUUCUGUCUCCUGGUAAGAGAAAACAAUAUUGUCAGAAUUUAGUUGAUCAUCUGUCACAGUGAAUAUUUAAUUUACUUUACAAUUACAAUUUUAAAACGUAUGCUGCAUUUGUCAGUAAUAAUCUCACAUAUUUUAGAUUGAUGAGCUCAAACAUGUAAAACUAUCAGUUAAGCCCUUCAAAGCUGUGUUGCGUUACCAAAUACUAACCUCAACUGGAAUGGUGUAAGCCACGGUAAUGCCUUCUGGGAGGUCAGGCACAGCGCCUGAAGCAGCCUGUAACUCUGCGUCAGUCACUUCUGAUACUAGUUCAAUACCUGCAUGUUACAAUGGUGUGCCUGUUAAUACACAUAAGACAAUAUACUGUAUUGUACAAAGACAGAUCUGACACUGUUAGAUGGAAUAGUUGUUUGUUGCAUGCUCACCCCAAUCAUUGUCCUCGUGUACGACCUCCUCCUCCACUUCCUGUACAGCUUCAACCUUUGGGCACUCCGCUUCUUUCUUCUGAAGAGAAGCAUUCAUACAGAUAGACGCGGUUAGCUUUCCCAACUGGUGCAGCACCGCAAAUAAAAAAGGGCUUUUAGCAGAUAUUACAUCGCAAGCACGCACCUUGUACUCUUCCUGUUGUCUCCCGCAGUGGCGGUCAGUACACUGGGGGUUGGGUUUCAUGGCCAUGGUGGGGAAGAAGUCCUGCAUGGCGUUGUAGCCGAGAUAAUAACUGACGGUUCCAAACUUCAACAGAAACCUGAAAGACAACAACAUUUACCUUUAACUAU